UUUUUAAGCCACCACAUCAACGCACCGUUUCUUCUCCGAUGACUCAUUUCUCUCUCCUCUCUCUCCCUCUCUCUCUCUCUCUUUCUUCUUUCAAUAAAUAUUGAGAAAGUUGUCUGAAAUUAUUCGUAAUUCCUUUUUUUACCGUCAAAAAAUCGGAAUUAAGUAAACUGUACUGCUUUGCGACUCUGCUUUUACCUUUGCUUCUGUUCAUCUUUAUUUUUGUCGAUUGGGCGAUUUGCUUUGAAAAUGGCUGCUACUCCUGUUGAUGAUCCUCCGUCCUCUUUAUUUGAAUUUGUGAUUAUCGACGGAGAGGUUAUGGAAAACAGCACUUCCGCCGCAUCAUCGAAGCAGCCGACGCCGUGGAUUGAUCCGGCAGCCAUUAGGCUCCGCCACAGGAUCGGGAGGGGUCCUUUCGGCGAUGUUUGGUUGGCUACUCAUCGUCGCGCCUCCGAAGACUAUGAGGAGUGUCAUGAAGUUGCCGUCAAGGUUUUGAAUCCGGUUAAGGAAGACAGCGUUAGGGAUGCUAUUAAUAGGCUGGAUACGGUGCUUUCGAAAUGCCAAGGAUUGGAAACAGUUUGUUGGAUCUAUGGACUUUCGAUCAUAAGCAAGAGAAUAUGCAUUGUUAUGAAGUUCUACGAGGGUUCGAUUGGAGACAAAAUGGCUCGAUUCGAGACCGGGAAGCUGUCGCUUAGUGAUGUUCUGAGGUACGGGGCGGAUAUGGCGCAAGGGAUAAUGGAUCUGCAUUCGAAAGGAAUUCUUGUCCUCAACCUUAAACCUUAUAACAUUCUUCUGAAUAGAAAUGAUCGAGCACUUGUCGGGGAUGUCGGUGUCCCUUACGUGCUGUUAGGGAUGUCGUUGCCGAGUUCCGACAUGGUCCGGCGGCUCGGUACUCCUAAUUAUAUGGCUCCCGAACAAUGGCAGCCAGAAGUGAGAGGCCCUAUAUCGGUUGAGACUGAUUCGUGGGGAUUUGGUUGCUGCAUUGUUGAAAUGCUAACAGGAACACAGCCUUGGAGCGGCAAAUCAAUCGGAGAAGUGUACACAUUAGUUGUAGAUAAGCAAGAAAAACCGCAGAUUCCCGACGGGCUCCCUCCGGACGUUGAGAAUGUUAUUGCCGGCUGUUUCGAGUAUGAUUUCCGAAGUCGCCCUCUUAUGGCGGACAUUUUAUGCGCUUUCAAGAGCUCGCAAACCGCCGUCCACCCUCUUGGAAGUAAAAUGAUCCGGGAAAAGCCGGGUGGGAUUGGUUACAACGAGUGGUUCCUUGCGAAGGAUCAUCUCCAAGUCGGCGACGUCGUUCGAUCUAGGAAAUUGCCCGACUCGUGCAACCCGACGAACAUGGAAGUCCCGGAGGGGAUCGUCGUCGGCCUCGAGCGCGACACCGAUCAAGACGGGUUUGUUUUAGUGAGGGUGCACGGAAUCCACGACCCCCUCCGAGUCCAUGUCUCGACAUUGGAGCGAGUGACGUACGGAUUGGCCGCGGGAGAUUGGGUUCGCAUGAAGAAAGAAGCGAAGAAGCAUUCCCCCGUCGGGAUCGUCCAUUCCGUCAGCCGCGACGGGAUCGUGUCCGUCGCGUCCAUCGGGGCCGAGACCCUUUGGAACGGAAAUUAUUCGCAAUUCGAAAUGGCAAAACCUUAUUGCGCGGGGCAGUUCGUGAAGCUGAAGACGAGCGUAUUCAGCCCCCGAUUCGAAUGGCCGCGGAAAGUCGGCGGUGACUGGCUGACGGGCCGGAUAUGCCAAGUUUUGCCGAACGGCUGCCUCGUCGUUAAAUUCCCCGGAAAACUGUCAAUCGGGGAAAAUAAUCGCGACUUCUUGGCAGAUCCUAGCGAAGUCGAGAUCGUAUCGUUCGGGUCUUGUACUACCGUCGCGAAGAAGUAUCAACAUCUCGAAGAUUUUCACUGGGCCGUGAGGCCGAUGGCGAUCGCACUCGGGCUAUUUAUGGCUAUGAAGACGGGACUUUUGGUUAAGAACGUUGUUCGGAUUGGGGUCGGGAGAUCGUCGAAGGGAAAGACGAGCGCGGCUGCGCCGCUGCCGGAGAAUGACGGAGAAAAUAAUGUUGAUGAGGCUGGACAGAGCGCCGGCGCCGGCGGGGGAUGGCGUCCUCCGACGAUUGCUGAGAUUUUCAGGACUUAGGCUGUGGGAGAUGGUAAAGUUCUUUCCUUACAUUUAUUUAUUUAUUUUAACUCGGUUCUUAACUUGUGGUAAAUUUGUCGACGUUGCAACGUUUAAGCUCUUCUGGAAACUCACACGCUUUCUCUGUCUUGUGUAUAUAUUUAUUGUGGACGAUUUAUUUGUUUUGCUGGAAUUAUGUGAAUAAUAAUUAUUAUAUAAUUAUAAUGUUAA